AUGGCUGAAUCUCCGCUUUUGAGGUCCCUGAAGAUAAAAAUCGAAGGCAACGAAGAAAAGAUAAACGCUCUGAAGCCUUUCCAGAAGCCAGGGGUGAAAGAACUCCCCACCAUUUGCAGGGUUCCAUAUGUGUUUCAUAAAAUGUGUGAAUUUGCUUAUUCUCCUAGCAUUGUAGCUAUUGGCCCUCUUCACAGAGGGAAGGAACAUUUGCAAUCAAUGGAGGUGGUGAAGCUUAGCUACAUGGAUUUCCUGUUUCAUCGAACAGGAAAGUAUGAGCAAACACGAGAUGAUUGUGUGGCUGCCAUGUUGAAAAAGGAGUCACUUGCUAGGAGAUACUAUGCAGACGAUUUCAGACUCCAUGAAGAUGUCAAGCCAGCUGCCGAGUUAGAGAAUUCAAAAACAACUGGAGAUGGGAGCUGCAGCUCGGCAAAUCAAAAUGGAGAAAAUGCGAGGUUCGCGGAAAUGAUGCUUAUUGAUGGUUGCUUUAUGAUUGACCUUUUUUACAGGUAUUACCUAGAACAGAAUGAUGCCAUUGUGGCGAAUGCAUUCAAACAAACAGCGGUUGAACAUGACUUGCUAAUGCUUGAGAACCAGCUUCCCUUUGUUGUUCUUGAGGAAUUGUUCCGCCUCACUGUUGAACAGAUCCCAGAAAAUUGCAACUGCCCCCGGCCUUUAUUGACUGAAUGUGUCCUUUCAUUCUUUGGGGAUGUACUAAACCUAGAAGAGAAGCCAAGGUCAAAUGAAGAAAAAGAAGAGAGAGAGAAACAGAAGGAGGAGGUGUUAGAGAAUUUCAAAUAUUCUGCAACAGAACUCGAUUUGGGAGGAAUAAAGUUCAGGCAAGAAGAGGUGAAUUUAAGAUACCACCUCUCAUGGUUAAUGAUUGCGUACACCGAGUUGUUGUUGAGGAACUUCAUUGCUUUCGAGCGAUCUUGCCCUUUGUUAUUGGUUAAUCCAUACUUCACGUCAUAUGCUUUUCUCAUGGAUAGACUCAUCAACACCCCAGACGAUGUAAAAUUGCUGGAGAAAGCAGGGAUAAUAUGUAACCUCAUGGGUUCCCGUCAAGAAGUGGCAUCUCUCUUCCACAAUCUUUGCAAGAAUAUUACUAUAGAUCGUCUCUACUCAACUAAGGAAUGCCUAAAGGUCAUCAAAUUCCACAAGCAUCGAUGUCCAAGGUUUCAAGUAAAACUGAGACGUGAUUAUUUUAGUAAUCCAUGGACAAUCAUAUCAGUUGGAGCAGCGUCCGUCCUAUUUGUGCUUACAUUGUUGCAGACCAUCUACACCAUAUGUUCUCAGGGCCGGCCUGAGAUUGAAAAAUUCUUAAGAGGUCCUAGGUAA